GACAAACAGAGAGAUAUUUUUGGCAAGGUCAUAUAUGCUCUUCUGCAAAUCUGCAUGAAGAGGCGGUUUUACUUUUUUCACACAUUCACACUCUCACCUCUCUAUUGAUCCAUCAAUCCAUUCCAAGAAAAUCCAACAAAGCUCCAAACUUGCUCGAUCUCAACUGUCAUCUUCUACCCCGAGUUCGUUCUCUACAUCCCAAUUUUUUCCCGAUCUUAUCUGUUUCUCAUUUUUUACGCAAAUUUUGUCAUUUUUUUGAUGAAUUAACCGAUCCGACUCUGUUUUCUCCGAUUUUGUUUCUCACGAAUUACAAUUGUUGUGAGUUUUAAUCGAUAUAAGUGGUGGAUAUCUGCUUGGGUUACAGAUAUAGUCUCAUUCUGUAAUGGCUGGGCAGAGGAAUAACUAUGGCAAGAGAUCCCAUUCUCAAUCUGAUUACUCCGGAGAUGGAGGAAGUAAGAGAAGAAAUCCCUCUGAUGAGAGGGACCAGAAUACUAUUGGGUUGGAAGAUACUGUAUACCGUUAUUUGUGCCCUGUCAAGAGAAUUGGAAGUAUUAUUGGAAAGGGAGGUGAGAUUGCGAAGCAAUUGAGGACAGAAACUCAAUCAAAGAUCAGGAUUGGUGAGACAGUGCCUGGCUGUGAGGAGCGUGUUGUCACUAUUUACAGUUCAAGUGUGGAAGCUAACAACUUGGAAGACACCGGUGAGCUUAUUUCGCCAGCACAGGAUGCUCUUUUUCAGGUGCAUGAUAGGGUUAUUGCUGAAGAAUCACUUGGUGAUGAUGAGUUUGAGGAGCCUCAGCAAGUUACUGUUCGAAUGCUUGUGCCAUCAGAUCAGAUUGGAUGUAUUAUUGGGAAAGGUGGACAAGUAAUUCAAACUAUGCGUACUGAAACUCGUGCCCAAAUUCGAGUUAUGAGUAGCGAACAUCUGCCACCAUGUGCUUUGAAUUCUGACGAGCUUCUCCAGAUAACUGGGGAGGCCUCUGUUGUCAGGAAGGCUCUUUAUCAAGUGGCAUCUCGUCUCCAUGAUAAUCCGUCACGAUCCCAGCACAUGCUCCUGUCAUCAUCUUCAAUCUAUAAAUCUGGUGGUUCAUUUAUGAAUCAAGGUGGAGGUGUGCCACUUAUGGGUGUAACUUCGUUGAUGGGUCCUUAUGGGGGUUACAAAAGUGAUGUCGGAGAUUGGUCAGGUACCGUAAGGGAAUUCACACUUCGUUUGGUUUGUCCAACUGAAAAUAUUGGAGGUGUGAUUGGCAAAGGUGGUGCUAUUAUCAAACAAAUAAGACAGGAAUCUGGCGCAUCUAUUAAAGUUGAUAGUGCAGGUGCUGAAGGAGAUGAUUGCAUUAUAACUAUAUCAGCGAAGGAGUCUUUUGAAGAUCCAUCUCCAACCAUUGAUGCGGCAAUGCGCCUGCAACCACGAUGCAGUCAGAAAGCUGACAAAGAAUCAAAUGAUUCUGUAAUAACAACUCGUCUGUUAGUAUUGAGCUCACGAAUUGGAUGCCUUAUUGGUAAAGGAGGGUCUAUCAUUACGGAGAUGAGGAAUGCCACAAGAGCGAGCAUUCGCAUUCUUUCAAAGGAAAACCUUCCCAAAGUUGCUUUGGAAGAUGAGGAGAUGGUGCAGAUUACCGGGGACCUCAAUGUUGCUAGCAAUGCCCUCUUACAAGUAACUCUGCGGUUAAAAGCCAACAUAUUUGAAAUGGAGGGUGCUUUAGGUGCACUGCCACCAUCUCUUCCCUAUCUUCCCAUGUCAAUGGACAUGUCAGAUGGUUCAAAAUACCGUGAUAAGCCACGUGGACGGGGAUAUUCUUCUUACUCUGAUGGAUAUGGUUCUAGUGACUUACAUCCAAGUGACAGUUAUGGAAGUUAUGGUGGUUCACAGAGUGGUGGUGGAAGUGGGUAUGGUGGAGCCUAUGGUAUUUACUCUUCUUCUCGUUCUGGUGGUGCUGGGUUAUCUAGUCAGAACCCUGUUUCCCAUGGGAAACACCAUGGCUAUUAGAUUCCCAGAUUAUUGGGGCCUGCAGGUUUAGGUCAGUUUUUGAAGCUAUGCUUUGAAAGGAAGAGCACAGUUAGAGCUAUCGGUUACAUUUUAGGUCUACGAAUGAUUUCUUAAUUGUGAUCCCUCAAGCUUGAUAUCACUUUCAAAGGUUGACUACAAAUUGUUGAUAUCAAGAUGUAAUCAGUCUAUGGCAGGUCUGUGUUCAUAUUACAUAUUUAUGUUCACGUUGGGUUUUCAACAAGUGCAUUUUUACAUCCUUUGUGCAACUAAUUUGUCAGGUUUGAUGAGUUCUGCUUCCAUUGCUGCUACAAUCAGGUAAGUUUCUCGUUCACUAAUAUAUAGUGUAAGCAAACCUGCAAUGUUUUAAAAUUUGAUCAGGUACUUGAAGGAGGACUGGGGUUGUAUUUGCUUAUUGUAGUCAGGUAUACAAUGAACAUGUUUUAAAUAAGAUCACAGCUAUAAAAUUUUAGAAAAUAUCGUACUCAACAGUAAGCUUCUUUAUUAUGUCCUGCCAAACAUAGAAAAAUAAAUUAAAAAAUAAAUCUCCUAUUUUUCUGUCGAUUAUUACUGUAACAGUUACGAUAGCUGUCCCUUUUGUGAUCUGUUAACUACGAUCUGCUGCUCCCAAACAAAGUAAGUAAAAAUUACAAAGUAAGAGAGCCUGUACAUUUUGUUUGAUCCUGACAUGCAUGUAAAUAAAUUCGAACUUUGGAGAUCAUAGUUGUCAGGAAACAAACUCCUUUCUUUUUCUUCUUCUUCUUCACUGGAAGUGCAAAAUAAGUGAUGGCAUUGUGAAGCUCUUGAAACACGUUUGUCUUUGUUUUGAUUUUAUAAGUUGUCUGUGUGUGGCUUGGUGGGUGUAUAUAUGUUGGUACACAUUUUUGAUUGUUUAGACCAUCUCCAGUGUUGAAUAAAAAAAUUCAUUAAAUUUGAGUAAAAAUUUGAAUCGAUACAGCUCACUCCAAUGCUAAAACUAAAUUUUCAUAAGACUUUUUCACAUCCCCGGUUGUCCGGGAGGACGUCCAGACAUGAA